CGUUUUCACACUUGCAAGAUUCGAGAUCUCGCAAGCUUUGCAUGCAACCUCACAGGCGGCAUUCUUCGAAGGCAGCUCGCGCCACAACCUUGGGGCGCCAAGAGCUCCGAGGCAGUCCUCCAUUCUUCGUUCAUACUAGGUACCCCUCUCCUCUUGGCGCAGAGAGCAAGGCGUGCUCAUUCAGCCCCUGAAGACAUUGCUUGCAGCAAGGCAGAGCCUUUUGCUUGGAACUCUUCCGGGUGACAAGUUUGACCAUAGUGGAAGCGAGGGGAGUGAGGGCACAAGGGUUUUUGGUCAGAAAUCACCCUGGGAGGUUGCAAAGCGCCAGAGCAGCCAUGGGCAUGCAUCGGUGUGUCCAGGACUCAGGCGUCUCGCUCCUGCGCAUCCUUAACGCUCUCAUCGUCAUCUCAGGCAUUCUACUGAUCGUGCUGGUCUUCGCGCUCGCUAAGACGCCCACAUGGAUCACCGGAUGGGGCUUCAUUGUGCUUGGAAUAGUGACCAUCGUGAUCGGCCUCACUGGGCUGUUCGUUAAGCCGAGGAAGAGCUAUGGCAUGUUUGCAGUACAUGCGAUCCUGCUUCCCAUUGGCUGCGUCGGCCUGUUUGCGACGGCCAUGGUGACGUUUGCUGACACCAGCAAGAUGGCGGCCCGCCUGAACGGCACGGGGCACUACCACAUCAGCCGGAACCAAGCCAGGAGUCUUGCGUGGUUCAUGAUCGCCGUCUGCGCCCUUGAGGCCGUGGCGUUCGUGCUCGCGUGCAUGGUGUACAGCUGUCAGCGCGCGCCGCUCCCGGUGGACAAGAUCGACCCGGCCACCGGGCGCCGCUUCAAGCACUUGCCGCCCAAGCGGGGCUGGGUGCCAUGGAAGGGCCGCGAUAAUGAAGAGCGCCAACAAUCCAAGGCGCAGAUUUUGGGCGACCAGAUGCGGGCCAAGUACAGUGACGCGCCGGACCCGGCCAAGGACGUGGAGCUCGGGAGGUCGCCGUAUGCGCUUUGAGGGAUCCCCCGGGGGACGCGGUUGGGAGGCCGUUUUUAGGGGUUUGGGGGGGCGGUCGGGAGGUCUCGGUCAAGCCCUGAGAGGGUUUGGGGGAUGCGUGCGGCGAGUCGUAGUUUGACACUCGGAGAGGGGUCGGGGGAUUCGGUUGGGAGGGUUGUCGGUUGCCCCUUGAGGGGGGUUCCGGAACAAGGUCGGCAGAAGAAAUAAGAAUGGGGUUGUGGGGGCCGGAGCUCGAGACUGUGAACCAAAGACGGAUAGAGGGGGCGGAGAGGGUUCGUGUCCUGCUUCAAAAUGUACGAUAUAGGGUCGAUAUAGGGUCAGUAUAGGGUCCCCAUCUGUGCGCCAAGUAGCGCACUCGAGAGUGAUGGAGCAUUUCUUUAGCUACUUUCGGAACCAUACAAGACGCCUUUGGUCGCUUGGCUCGACUUCUGUCAUGUUGGCGAUCUGAUGCAUCAAAAAACUUCUGUCACUGUUGAGUCUAGGUUCCCACGUACCACGUUGGAAGCUCGUAUUCCACUCCAACAUGCGAUUGUACAAAGGGGCCGAUGGUCAUGCAGCUCGGUA